UCCUGCACUGGAUAGCAUCAUGCAAAACUGGUUUACACUUUUCACUCCAACAGAAGCCACUAGUAUUGUUGCUACAACAGUGAUGUCCAACAGUACAAUUGUCCAUCUGCAUCUGGACUGCCUUCAGCAGGAGAAGCUGGCCGGCAGUGCUAGGACGCUUGCUCUACAGUGUGCCAUGAAGGAUCCUCAAAACUGUGCCCUCUCUGCGCUGACUUUAUGCGAAAAAGAUUGCAUAGCUUUUGAGACUGCUUACCAAAUCGUUCUAGAUGCUGCUACAACCGGCAUGAGCUCCUCGCAGCUUUUUACUGUAGCACGAUACAUGGAGCACCGUGGUUACCCCAUGCGGGCCUACAAGUUGGCCACUCUGGCCAUGACACAUCUCAACCUGAGUUACAAUCAGGACACACACCCUGCUAUUAAUGAUGUUCUGUGGGCAUGUGCGCUCAGCCACUCCCUUGGGAAAAAUGAGCUAGCAGCUAUAAUACCUCUGGUAGUCAAAAGUGUCAAAUGUGCAACAGUACUGUCAGACAUUUUGCGGAGGUGUACUUUGACCACUCCUGGCAUGGUGGGACUUCAGGGAAGGAGGAACUCUGUUAAGCUCAUGUCACUGGACAAAGCCCCUUUAAGGCAACUCUUGGAUGCCACAAUUGGAGCCUACAUUAAUACAACUCAUUCGCGUCUCACUCACAUCAGCCCUCGACACUAUGGUGAGUUUAUAGACUUCCUCAGCAAGGCCCGAGAGACCUUCUUAAUGUCUCAUGAUGGACAGAUCCAGUUUACACAGUUUAUUGACAACCUAAAACAAAUCUAUAAAGGCAAAAAGAAACUGAUGAUGUUGGUUCGUGAGCGGUUUGGUUGAUGAAAGCGUGGGGAGGGAAGGGACGGUUUGUUUCUACUUGAGCUUGCCUUUUUAACUUAAAGAAAAAGAGCCACACUGGUAUUAUAUGUGUAUAGUUGUACUGAGUUUGCAAACUAAAUUGUCAUGUUGUGAAAGUUCCUGUUUACUUUUCUCCUUUUUUUCUGUUAAAAAAGGUUUGGUUUACACUGAGUAUGUGUUGUCAAGUGGCAAGAGCCCAUAUCGCUCUCCUCUCUGUAUACAUGCGCAGCCUCAAAACCAAGCAUAUAUUGCAAUGGCUUUAAAACAAAACAAAACAAAACAAAACAAAACAACACCUCCAUCCUGUGAUAAAUACCUCAAAUGGAUUCAGCUUUAUUCCUUUGUAACUCAUCCUUACAUUCAGCAUAUUUAAACAAACCAAUAAGUGAAAUACUAAUAGUUAAGGCUGACCACAUGGCUUUGCAAUGCUGUUCAUCCAGAAGCAUGACAAACAAUGUUUAUGCAUGCGGAAACUUAGCUACUGUCAACAUAC